AUGAACAGCAGGAAGUCUUUAAUUAGUCCCGAGUAUACUUUCAAAAUCUCUAAAGCACGAGGAAUCGUAGAGUUGUUAGUAUCUCCUCUUCUUGGAACGUUCCAUACAGAAUUCACGUCCUAUUUUAACAUCGUUCGCAAGCUCAACGCACGGUUCUCGCACACAUCGAUUUGCGCAUCGCUAAUUUUCGGUAUGGCGGCAUUCCGACACCAUCUUCCAUUUGAGGAAAUAGUUUAUCUCGAGUUGAGCGCCCACGAUCCUACGAGGAGUUUGUUCUUUGGCUCUAAAUCCCAGCCAUUGUUUGAUCUUGUGCAUUAUCCAAGUUGUUGCUUGACGUUAAUUCUAUUUCCAGGCUCUCCCAUUUGGACAAUCCAGUUCUGCGCAUUCGUUUUGUUCGAGCACCCAUUUUCGAGGAGCAAAGCGACCCCAAAGCAAACAUUCAAUUUUGAGAAAGAAGUAGCCGCAUGGCGGAGAUCGGUCCCACAGGUUCUGAACCUGGCUGCUCCUGCAACAUGUCUCAAAUUUCCUAUCCCUUUGUUUCCAAAUGUAGAGAGACGCCAUUCCUACUUUCUCCAUUGUUUUCUUUAUGCCAAUUUCGGGCAUAUGAUGUAUCCGGGUGCUAUCUGA